AACCACAACUCAGUUGCCAAUAAAUAAAUAAAGAAGAAGAUAAAACAGAGAAAAAAUCGGAGGAUGGCUUUACUAACGUCACCGACAUCGUCGAUGUCGGUGACGGCGCUGCGGGAGAACAGAGGGGCAGUGAAGACGACGACGUAUAGGAGAAAGAAGCAACCACCACGACGCGUACAGGCUGUUUUUGGUAACUUCAAUCAUUUCGGUGAUGUUGUACGUAGAGACAUGGAGUUCUUGAAGAAAGGAGUUAAAAGAGGAGUGGAUUGGGCCAGCGAAACCUUUCGGAUCUCUCAAGCGAAGAAAGCUGUUGACGACGUCGUUUGGCUUCGGAAUCUCGAGGAUCCUAACUUCUCUCCCCCUCCGCAACCGCCUUUGUGGCCUCAACCUUACUAUCCAGAACUGUCUGGUUUGGAUUUGAUGAUGGCUGAUCUCAAAGCAUUGGAGGUUUAUGCGAGUUAUUUCUACUACCAGGCAAAGAAAUGGUCAAAGCCACUUCCAGAAGUUUAUGAUGCGGAAGAAGUAGCUGAUUAUUUCAGUCUCCGCCCCCAUGUAGUGGCUUUUCGACUCCUUGAGGUUCUCUCAUCCUUUGCCUCUGCUGCAAUUAGAAUUCGCAUGACAGGGGUCAAAAAGUUCUCAAUAUCAAGUCCAGCUAAGGAUAUUGAUGAGAACUCUUCACAGUACAACUUUGGGAUGGUGUUGAAAGAAACAUUGCUAGUCCUUGGCCCCACUUUUAUCAAAGGGAAAGAGGGGCUAGAGCACUGGAAGAGAGAUUGGCAGCUGAGAGAUUAGCUGCCGGACGUAGUUGAGAAGAGCCGCACAUAGACGGACACGAUCACGUUUGAUUGCUCCGAAGAGUCUCAUCCAUUAACUACAAAGGUUAUGCACAAGUCUGCCUUAAUCACUCAAUAGGCACAACACUUUAAAAACUCUUACAAAUUAGUUUAUACCUCGAAAUAUUAUUUUGUAU